CUGGCUGGAGGCAUCAUCCUGGGAGUGGCCCUGUGGCUCCGGCAUGACUCCCAAACAACGAGUAUCCUCUACCUGCAGCUGGGGGAUAAGCAGGCCCCCAACACCUUCUACGUCGGAAUCUACAUCCUGAUCGCAGUUGGAGCUGUCAUGAUGUUCGUGGGGUUCCUGGGAUGCUACGGUGCUAUUCAGGAGUCUCAGUGCCUUCUGGGAACGUUCUUCACUUGCCUGGUGAUCCUGUUUGCCUGCGAAGUUGCAGCUGGAAUUUGGGGAUUUGUCAACAAAGACCAAGUCGCCAAAGAUGUGAAGCAGUUCUACGAUCAAGCGUUUCAUCAAGCACUCCAAGCAGAUUCGGAGGUGAACAACGGAAAAGCUGUAGUGAAGACCUUUCAUGAAACGCUGGACUGCUGUGGUCCUGAUAAUGUAAAAGACAUUGCCAAUCUCCUGUGGAGGGAAGACCUCUGCCGAAGGAAGGACACUCUGAAAAGCUAUUUUGAGAGCACGAACUGCCACAAAAAAAUUGAUGAGCUGUUCUCCGGGAAGCUGUACCUGAUUGGUAUCGCUGCAAUCGUGGUUGCUGUGAUCAUGAUCUUCGAGAUGAUCCUGAGCAUGGUGCUGUGCUGUGGCAUAAGGAACAGCUCCGUCUACUGAGCCGUGAGAGCCGGGGAGGGGAAGGGGGGAGCAGGGCGGACGGCGCUAGAGGGGACCCCAAGUGCCACCAAGUGACCAGGAGACAUUUCAACAACAGACAAAGAAAACUAUGUAUAUAAACGCUUCCAAUAUUACCAUACAGUACUUAUCAUUUUUAUUUUUAAGUACCUUUUUUUUUAAAAAAAAAUAAAUAAAACUUUCCCGUAUCUUUGUGGCUGAGUUAGUUACACAUCAGUUUUGUGUGAUGGGGAAAGCUGCUGUAGCAGGAGAUCAAGUCCUUCCUCCCCCUUCCCCACCCCUGUAACUCAGAAGUAACAUUGGUGGAAGAUGUACAGAGGAGAAGGCUACUGCCUGUUACCAAAAAACUUUGCCUUGGUUUUUAUUCUCUUUUUCAACACUGACUUUUUU